UUUUAUUAAGUCUGGUCUUGGAGAAAAAUUUCAUUCAACAUACACUAUUUUAUUACGCACAGAAACAGGCCUUUGUUAGUCGACGGAAUCCAGAUUAGUUUUCCUCCGCAUUAACGGAUGUGAGGCUGUUGGACCGAGCCUCGCGUGCCAAUCCCGCGGAGUUUAGACGUCUCUCACUGGGGCUCUCUAGUCGUAUUGUGCGUCAUCUCCAUCGCUGCCGUUUUGUUAUUUUUCUGCAUUGAGGAAACAUGGCAACUCCCGCCGCGGUCAACCCGUCCGAGAUGGGAAGUGAGUUGCCAGGGACAGUAGCGAUGCCGGGAGCAGUUGGGGCUGGCCAGGUGAGGAUGGGAGGAGCCGUGCCAGGCCGUGGGGGGAAGAGGAGAUCAGGAGGAAUGGACUUUGAUGAUGAAGACGGAGAGGGACCUAGCAAAUUUUCAAGGUAUGAUGAUGAUCAGAUUCCUGGUGGGGAUAAGGAGAGAUACGCCAGAGAGAACCACAGUGAGAUUGAGCGACGCCGGCGCAACAAAAUGACCCAGUACAUCACUGAGCUGUCAGACAUGGUCCCUACCUGCAGCGCCCUGGCCCGAAAACCUGAUAAGCUGACCAUCCUGCGUAUGGCUGUCUCCCAUAUGAAAUCCAUGAGGGGCACUGGCAACACGUCCACUGAUGGGGCCUAUAAGCCCUCCUUUCUCACUGAACAGGAACUAAAGCAUCUGAUCCUGGAGGCGGCGGACGGCUUCCUGUUUGUGGUUGCUGCAGAGACGGGUCGGGUGAUCUACGUGUCGGACUCGGUGACACCGGUGCUGAACCAUCCCCAGUCAGAGUGGUUUGGCAGCACUCUGUAUGAACAGGUCCACCCUGACGACGUGGACAAGCUAAGGGAACAGCUCAGCACUUCAGAAAACUCCAUGACAGGACGGAUUCUGGACCUGAAGACAGGAACAGUGAAGAAGGAGGGACAGCAGUCCUCCAUGAGGAUGUGCAUGGGCUCCCGACGCUCCUUCAUCUGCCGCAUGAGGUGCGGUAGUGCUCCUCUGGAUCACAUCUCCCUAAACCGUCUGUCUAACAUGAGGAAGAGAUACAGGAAUGGCCUUGGACCCUCAAAAGAAGGAGAGGCUCAGUACUCUGUGGUCCAUUGCACUGGCUACAUCAAAGCCUGGCCCCCUGCUGGUAUGACUAUACCAGAAGAAGACACAGAGGCAGGUCAGACUGGAAAAUACUGCCUAGUGGCCAUAGGAAGACUGCAGGUGACCAGCUCUCCAGUCUCAAUGGAUAUGAACGGCCUGUCGGUGCCUACAGAGUUCCUGUCACGUCACAACUCGGAUGGUGUCAUCACUUUCGUCGAUCCGCGCUGCAUCAACGUCAUUGGUUAUCAGCCUCAGGACCUGCUGGGGAAAGAUAUCCUGGAAUUCUGCCAUCCUGAGGACCAGAGUCACCUAAGAGAAAGUUUCCAACAGGUGGUGAAGUUGAAGGGUCAGGUUCUUUCUGUAAUGUAUCGUUUCCGUAUGAAGAACAGGGAGUGGAUGCUGAUCCGAACCAGCAGCUUCACCUUCCAGAACCCAUAUUCUGAUGAGAUAGAGUACAUCAUCUGCACCAACACCAACGUCAAGCAGCUACAGCAGCAGCAGCAGGCAGAACUGGAGGUUCACCAGAGAGAUGGACUGACUGCCUACGAUCUUUCCCAGGUGCCUGUGGCCAGUGUCAGCAGUGGAGUCCAUGAGGCAGGGAAGAGCAUCGACAAGACAGAGGCCCUAUUCUCCCAAGAGAGAGACCCGCGCUUUGCUGAGAUGUACACCAGCAUCUCUGGCUCGGGAGAUAAGAAGAUGAUGGUUCCUUCCUCUACAGCUGGAGGACAACAGCUCUACUCGCAGAGCUCUCCCUUCCAGCAGGGACACUCUGGCAAAAGCUUCAGUUCCUCUGUGAUUCAUGUCCCCGGAGUGAAUGACAUCCAGCCAUCAGGCUCAUCCAAUCAGAAUCUAGCUCAGAUCUCCAGACAGCUCAACCCAGGCCAGGUGGCAUGGUCAGGCAACCGACCCCCCUUCUCUGGACAGUCUAGUAAAGCCCAGUCCAGUCCAUUUGGUAUUGGUUCUGGUCACAGCUACCAGACUGACCCGGCCUCCUACAGUCCCCUGUCGUCCCCAGCCACUUCCUCCCCCAGCGGCAACGCCUACUCUGGACUGACAAACCGCAGUACAGCUUUUGAUGUGUCGGGGGAGAGCAGUCAGAGUGGAGCCCAGUUCCAAGGUCGUCCCAGUGAGGUCUGGUCCCAGUGGCAGAACCAGCAUCACUCCCAGCAGGCCGGGGAACAGCACACACACCCCAACCCCAGCCAGACAGAAGUCUUCCAGGACAUGUUACCCAUGGCUGGAGAUCCCACCCAGGGAACAGCCAACUACAACAUUGAGGACUUCGCUGACCUCGGCAUGUUCCCACCCUUCUCUGAGUAAUACCCCCCUCUCUCCAUAUCGCUCCCUCUCAGACCCGGACUGAUGUUUGCAUUCAUCUCUCAUGUUGUCUCAUUUUUCCAUAUUGCUGGAUCACCAACACACAGCUGAUGUGCAGCACAGUGAAUGUCUGGGUGCACAUUUGCACACAUACAAAUACACAGCCCACAAAUGUUUGGGCUCCAAGGCCUGCAGUAUGUAUCUGUGAACAUACACAUACCUCAUCGCUGCGAAGAGGAACCCUGCUGUCAGAUGGAAGGAACAUCAAUGAACCUGUGUCAGCUCUUUGUCUGUUGUCACAGUGAUGGACAUUGUCUCAAGCUCUUUGAACAAAUGGUGGAGUCGCUGUUAAGCUCUCUGCAGUCAGCAUUAGCAUGACCAGAGGAGGUCAAUCAGGUCAUUAUACAGUAGCUGUAUUUGUGAUUUGAGUAUCAAACUAGUAUCAAUAUCUAAGAUUUUACACUUCCUCUCUUUUAGAUUUGACAAAGCAAAUCUUAAAGCAUUCAGCAAAAAUCUACAUCCACAUUACAUAAUUUUUGUCAGUGGUUUUAUAUAGCAAAAUGUAUGACUGUGCCAAUUGCACAUACGCUACACCCAAUAACAGAACUGCAUACGUGGCCACUGCUGUCUGUGUCUGUUUUGGAGUAUAUCAGGACUUAUUUUUUUCCAGGAUGGAAUAAUAACGUCAGAGCAACUACAAUGAUGGCUUUCAGGAGUUCGCCUGGAACGACCAAACCACAAGUAAGUCUGUUUCUCUCUGCCGUUGUUUGUUCACAUAGAGCCUAACGUUAGCUAGCUGUCACAUGGCUAGCGCUAGUUCCAGCAGGAUUCUGCCAGACCAGCAUAACAUCAGUUAAAGUCAACUUCAACUCAGCCGGUUCUAUGUGAGAAAACAACAGCAGAGAGAAACAGACUUACUUGCUGUUUGAGAGUUCCCGGUGAACCCAUGGAGGCCUUUGACAUAGGUUUGCGAUGAUGCCAGAGGCUUCGAUGUGUGAGGGGAAUGCUGGUUCAGGAAGAAUGACGUUCUGUAUGCAGAUGUAAAUCACGCUCUCCUUGCCCCCUCCCCUCAGAUCCAACCUCGAGAAAACACAGAGCAGUGGACACAGCACUAUAAGACAGCUGAAGACUGUAUGCAUAGUUCUGCAUUUAUUUAUUUAUUUAUUUAUUUUUUCCUGGCCCCUGGUGUCCGUCCAGACAAGAUAUCACUUACUCACAGUAGAUACAGUAAGACCAAUUGGACCAAUAAAUCAGUACUUUGACAAAUCACCUCCUCUGGUAAUACCUGCAGCGAUUGUAAAGAGCAUCAGUUGACAACACUAUUGAGGUACAUGCCAAGAAGUCCCAACACUACAUGCUCCCACAUCGAUCUUCAUGCUCCAUCUGCCUGGUGCAGCUCUUGCACACCAUCGCUGACUCUGCCAAACAACAGCAGUAGAGGAGAAGCUGCUUAUCUCCACCUGCUGCUGUUCUCACUCUGUCCAUCAACCUUAUUGUGUAACGUAUAUGUAGUGAUGUCCAGAACUCUAAAGAAAAACCUGAUGUGAGUAUAGAAGGAUUCUAUGUAUAAAUGAAACAAAAUGUAAAAAAAAAUAAAAAUAAACUCAUUGCAAACAGUUGCUAAGCUAAGGCUUAAAGUGCACUUCAUGAAGAUAACUGCUAAUCUCACCAGCCUGCUUUAAAAAGGGAAAAACCGCCAUACCGUCCAAGCAAAGCGCAGUGUUUACUAGUGUAUUUGGUGUUCUUCAGCUCUGGCUACUUGACUUUAUUACUUUAUAAUCUUUUCAACUAUUAAGAGACUGAAUAAUGCUUUCUAGCGGGGGAGCUUUUACAUCAUAGAUUGUAUAAUGUCUGAAAGACGGAUGGGAGAACCUUGAACAGAGUCCUUUUGCUAAAGAUCUCAAAUUGAUGUUUUUUUUGUAAAUGAUGUGAUUUUUAUGUCCACUCGUGUUACUUUCACACAGUACAUGUUUUUUGUGUAGGUUUUAAUGAUAUUGUGUGCAAUGUGACUACAUAUUUAACUAUUGGUAUUUAGUUAGUUUGUUAAUUGUACAUUGAGUUCUAGAAUUGUGUAAAUGUGACCCAUUAUUUUUGUGUAACAAAUUGUGCUUGUGACAAUAAAUUCUUAUUGGUUACGUGGCUUCCA